CCACUGUAGCGGCAUUAGCCAGAGCCUCAUCACGUGACAAUAAAAAUGUCAACAUCACUGUACUAUGAAACCGACAAACGACCACUGAAACACCGAUUUUCCUAGUCUACAGAAAUGAGCGUGUUUUAGUUCUCAGCUUUCGAAGAUGGCUGUAUGUUCCACUGGCCAGUCCUCACUUGUACACAGCUUGGCCACACUUCUCCGAAGAAAUGGUGAUGUGGUGCUGGACGGUAGCAGCACACUAACGCUACCAGCUGCCAACUUGCAGCAGCUCACCCAGCUGUUUGAGCAUUACUUGCUGUCCAGGAGCCAGCAGCAUGGGUUCCUUGCUCUGCCCUCCCACCCUGCCGACACCGAUUCCCUGCUACAGCUGCAAUUCCUGUUUGACAUUCUGCAGAAGACCAUCUCGCUUAAGCUUAUCAACCCGCCAGAUGUGCGACUACAGUCUGUUCUGAAGAUCUUCCCUUUCAAGUCUCUGAAGUGUUUGGAGCUGAAGAGAAUACCUCCACACUGUCUGGAAGGACUCAGAGGGGUUUACUCCCAGUUGGAGGUUUUUACCUGCUCAAAAAGCCUUAGCUCCCUGGAGGAGCUGCUGUCUCUGUGUGGAGGUGACCUGAGCUCUGCACUGCCCUGGCUGGAACUUCACACCCUUAACUUCAGCUACAACUCCAUUGUUUGCCUUGAUCAGUCACUAAGUUUACUGAAUGUCCUGAAAUCUUUGGAUCUCAGCCAUAACAAGAUUCAGGAGUGUGCUGAAUUUCUGAAGCCCUUAAGUGAGCUGAAGCACUUGAACCUGGGCUACAACUGCCUGCAGAGGGCGCCAACGCUGGGACCAAGUGCUAGAGCCAAGCUCCUCACACUCAUCCUCAGGAAUAAUGAACUGGAAACUAUCAACGGUGUGGAACAGUUGUCUUCACUCCAGCACUUAGACCUGGCCUACAACCUCCUGUUAGAGCAUUCCCAGCUGGCUCCUCUCUCCUUACUGCACUCCCUCAACACACUAAACCUAGAGGGCAACCCAUUGUACUUCCAGAAGACCCACCGCAUUUGUACUGUCGGACAUCUCUCACCAAAAGCUGCCAGCCUCAGACUCAGACUUGAUGGUACACCACUUUCCUCAUUUGAAUUAUCAGUUCUGCCAAAACCAGGUCAGCUGAUUGUCCAGGUACAGACUUUGCCGUCAACUACUGCUGUGCCAUCAGACCAGAGUAACCAAGAAGUGUCCAGUGGAGCAGGGGAGUUGAGUGACAGUGUGUCUGUUGGAGAAAUGGGGGUCUCAAACUUGCGAAAGAAAAAAUCUAGGAGUAAGGUGAAAGUGCGAAGGGCCAGCAUAUCUGAGCCCAGUGAUACUGACUACGAGCCCAGACCCCUGUCCUCCACACAGGGAAUUGCCCUUCCCCAUCAGGAGGAGAUUGAGCGCAUGUCCAGUUUCAGGGAGCAGCUGGGGGAAGAUUGGCUGAGAUACCAACACCAUCUGGAUGUCGGAGCAUCUUCAACUAUCACCACCACAAUCAGUACAAACCUAACAGACCCUCAUUGUCAGACCGUUGUUAGUGGUCUCAACACCAUCACCUCAUGUCCAGCUACCAAUUCUGGGCAGGAGCCAUCUCCAUCGGCUUCCAUGGAUGUCUUGGAAAUCCUCCCUCCACAGCUUCUCUCCUUGGAACCUAAAGGGGGGGCACCUUGCAUGAAUGACACAGACUCCACCUUACAGUGGCUCAAUCAUAGCAAUCAGCACAGCGAAUCCACCUUGGAAGAUGGCAUAGUAGAUGGCCUAGUGGCCAGCCAGGGAGGAGAAAACUCCCAAGCAAGCCCAGAAUCCCAGAGCUCUGCUCGAGUAGCGAGUGGAAACACCAACCAAGAAGAGGAAGAUGACCUUGGAGUGGACCUGUGUCACCCCCUGCUCGUGGGCGUCCUUUCUGACAAAGAGGAUGAAAGCAGCAAUGGUCAAGGGGGGAGAAAGGGAAGAAGGGAGGUGUUCCUACGAGUCAAACAAGGCCUAGUGCUGGAAGUGGACAUGCAGUGUGGCCAGGAGAGAUGCCGUCUGGAGCUGGACAGCCUAUCCCGGGUGGAGACCACAGAAGCUACAUGGACCCGAGGGGAUACAGAAAAACUGUUUCCAGCUGUGGACCUUCAGUUUGACUACAUCAACAAGGAGAAAAGGAGGAGAUGCUAUGUCCUGCUAGAUGAUGACCCACAACACGCACUGCAGGCUCUGACCGAGAUACUGUCUCAUGUGGCGGAGGAAAACCGAUGCAGUGACUCUGAGUUCUGGCCCAGCUGUGUUCAGCUGCAGUGUCUUCGCUGCAGGUCAGAGUUCGCUCUUAAGGGAGAAACUAGUGAGGAGAAAGCUGGAAGAAAACUGAGGAAGAGAGGAGCUAUGAUGCUACCGGAGGGUGUGAAAGAGCAGGGUGGGGAGGAGCUGACGGAGACAGAGUAUGCUGAUGACGACAAAGGAAAAAAUCUAAUUUGUCCAGAAUGUGGGAGUGACCAUGUGGUUCAGGUGACUGGCCAUUCAACUCCUUACAGCAGCACACCAAUCCAUCCUUCAUCAAGGCCUGACAGUGAAAAUGAUCUUCUCGAUAUAACCCAGAGCACCUGUAGUGCCAAUAAGGAUGAUUACACAGAUGCUAGUAAUAGCACAAGUCCUAUCCUGGAAACUCACACAGCUGUAGAUGAACCCACAUUUGUCUCUGCUCGAAGAAGCUCCUUCUUCAUUGGGGAUAGUCCAAGUAAAACCAGCAGCCUCCGCUACAACACAGAGUGCCAAAUUAAAGAGAACCCGACAGGGAGCUACCACUACACUGUUACCAGUGACACACAACCUCAAGUCCCACUGCAACCUGCAGGGCAAUCUUCUCUCAAAGAUGAUUUGGACUUUUUGUCUGAGGACUGCGAGACUGUUGACCAUCGACUGAAGCUUUUCCUGGAUGUAGAGGUCUUCGAAAAGGAAGAGGAGCUUCAUUUUUUCUUCAAGAUGUCAGCUGUCAAAUUUGGGGAGCCUGGGGAAGUUCCCUCGUUGUUGGUUGUGUCAGACCAGAGAAUCUAUUUCCUGGAAAUUACAUCAGGUGUACACAGAGUCCAGCUUACUGACUGGCUUCAGAAGAAGGACAGCUACCCAAUCAUGGAACUCAGCUACCUGGAGGUGGGGCUGGGCUCUCAGAGCAUCCACAUGGAGUAUGGAGACAGCGGUGUGGCCUACACCCUACUUGUGAGAGACAGUGUACGCUGCAAGCGCUUCUUUGCCUUGUUGACAGGAAUUGUACGUGAGAUGGCUCACAAAUCAGAUAGCAGGCUGAAGUCCAUCUCUACGACAAGACUCACUCCUCAGCACCAUCUCUGGCCUCUAGUGUGUGAAGACAUCCAGGCUGAUAUGGAGGAUGGACAGCUGCAGUUCUUCUACAUUUUGGCUUUUAUCCUGCAAGAGGACAUUUGGACGCCGCUGACAGUUCUGGUGACUCGAGAGACCCUCUACCUGCUUCAAGAGGAUCACCAGUGGAGGAAAACCAGGAACCGCAGCAGUAGCGUCACUGUUUUAGAAACUCUGCCAAUCAGCUGUGUAAGCUCAAUUCUCCUGUGGCCCUCUGAAGAGUGCAGGAUAGACAUUAAGCUUUACAAUGAGACUGUGAAACAGGAGAAGACGUGGUGUGUGCGCUCGGAGAGCAGUGAGCUCCUCCAGGGUCUGCUGGCCUGGGUCAGAGCACAGUGGGAGGCCAUGUUUGGAGUAAAACUGCACACAAGUCUGCACGGUAAAGCAGCAUAAUGGGAAAGUGCAAGCACAAAAAAAGGAAAAGUCGUAGACUUUGUGUUUGUGUGCUUAUGUGUAUUUGGUGAACAUGAGUCUGUUUAAGUCAAAGUUUACCAAGCAUGAGUGAAUGUGUCUUUAUUUGCUCUCUUCUCCAUCUGCUCUCAGUCGAGUCCCAUUAUGCUUGUUGCUUUAAGCCAAGAACUUGGAAACAGUUGCACUCAUUCAUGUUGUACACAAGUCUGUAAAAGCACUGGUUGCAUAAUUUCUCCUGCAGAUACGAUGCUACUGAGCAUUUCUCGCUGAAAUGGAGAGUGCCUUGUUUCUUUUGUAGAUAUCAUUUCUUUCCAGCUGAAAUGCUUUUUGAAUACAUCUCAUAGUGUUCUUAAUUCUUCUGUAUCAUCAAGUUAAUAUGGAACAGAUUUUGGGGGUUGGAAUUUGAGGCAUCAGGUAGGGUUGAAGAAAUGUAAUGCAAGAACCUGGGCCUAAACUAUAUCCACCCCCCUUUACUUAGCUGGGACUCCUUCUUCACUGUCUCAGGGUGCAGUGAGUCAUGGCAUCACGAGCUCAACAUGAGGCUGAAAAGACACUAUCAUUGGGGGAUUUUUCACACUUUUUGCCCCCAAUUAGGGUCUUGUGAUGUGUCAGAAAUUUAGUGGUAAAUACUUUUCAUUAAACCUGCAUAAAAUAAGUGAACUCUCUUAAUUUGUUACUUGCUUUUGUUGAUUUUCAGACCAAUUAUAUGUGGGGAAAAAAUCUGCGCUGUCAUUCAAUAAAGUCAAUGCUUACAUAUUA